AUGCGCUCUCGGCCCAAUGCGCCAUUAAGGCCGGGUUCUAUUGGAUUUGCCCAGUCGGGAGACCCUUGGGACAGUUACGUGAUGCGGAAAUUAAGCAAGUUCCAGAAAAGCUUCCCUGGUUCAAGCCUUGAAAACCAAAGCCACGCUUCUCGGGCUCACGAGGAGAAGAAUAUCCAGAAUAUCUCCCGAGUAACCCUACAAGAUCGACCCAUGAUGGGUUUAGUCAAACACACCAAUCCGGUCGGCACGGAAUCCGCUAAUAUCCUCCUACUCCAAGACAUGGGUUCAUCCACUCGCUUACGCAGGAAUCCGCCGCCUGUAGAAUCCCAUCUGCUUCCCAUGUGGCCAGGAGCCAUGCUUAUUAUUUCUUCUGUGCAAAGCAACAACGUUCUUGAUCUCUCAGCCGCCAUGAAGACCUCUACCUUGAUCCCCUUGCUCGGUCUGUCGACCAGCGCCGUUGCCGCGGCUGUUCCUGCCAAAGCCCAACAGCCUUGGGGUUAUGCCUCGGGUUCCAAGGAAUCCAUUGCCAACCUGAAGGACAAGGUUGAGAAUGUUGUCUGGAUUCUCCUGGAGAACCGUGCUUUCGACAACAUGCUGGGUGGUAUCCACAGGCAGGGUCUUGACAAUGUCGUCAACAACGGCGGCAGCUUCUGCAACCCCCAGAACGUGUCCGAGCCCAAGGGCAAGAAGUGGUGCAGCCACUACAAGGACUUUGACUCGGUCAUCCAUGACCCUGAUCACUCCGUCACUGGCAACAACAUGGAGUUCUUCGGCACCUACCACCCCGACGACAAGGCCAUUGCCGCCGGCACCUUGACUCCUAGCCUCGAUGGUUUCGUCGAGCGCCAGAUGGUCUCCCACAACAUCUCCGCCAAGCGGGCCCAUGAGGAAGUUAUGGGAUACUACUCUGAGUCCGAGGUCCCUACUCUCGUUGACCUCGUUGAUGAGUUCACCACCUUCAACUACUGGCACUCGUGUGUCCCCGGACCCACCAACCCUAACCGUCUCUGUGCCAUCGCUGGUACCGCCGAUGGUCACGGCACCAAUGACGAGUCCUUCGAUGUCUCUGGCAUUGAUGUCCCCAGCAUCUUCCAGGUUGCCAGCGAGAAGAACAUCUCGUGGCGCAACUACGAUGGCACCAACGGUGCUUUCCUCUCCGAUGCUAUGUUCUUCAACUGGACCGCUACCAACGCCAAGGAGAACGUUGUCCCUCUGGAGAACUUCUACCAGGAUGCCUACCUCGGUCUCCUCCCCCAGCUCUCCUAUAUCAACCCCUCUUGCUGUGGCCUCAACACCAACUCCAUGCAUCCCUCCGGUAACGUUUCUUUCGGCCAGGUUCUCUUGAAGCAGAUCUACGACGCUGUCCGCACUGGUCCUCAGUGGGAUAAGACCCUUCUUCUCAUCACCUACGAUGAGACCGGUGGUUUCUUCGAUCACGUUGUCCCUCCUCUGGCUGUCCGCCCUGACAACAAGACCUACACCGAGACCGCUCCCGAUGGCGCCAACUACACUCUUACCUACGACCGUCUUGGUGGCCGUAUGCCCACCUGGCUGGUUUCUCCUUAUGCUCCUCGUGGAUACAUCGAGAACUACGGUAUCAACCCUGCCACUGGCGAGACUUCUUCCUACAGUGCCACCUCCGUUCUGAAGACUCUCGGCUACCUGUGGGAUCUUGAGGACCUGACUCCUCGUGUCUCUCACUCCCCCGCUUUUGACCAUCUCAUCGGUCACACUCGUCGCAAUGCGGUUGCUACGCUGGCUAACCCCAAGCCCUUCCCCAAGGCUGUCUAAGCAUCGUCUAUGGACAUAAUUUCCCGGCAGACAAACAGGUCACAGGCAAUUUGGAGCCUUUGGUGAUCUUUCCAUGGGCAUUUUCAUCAUGAAACCAUUUCUACCUGGGGCCUUUUGUUCCUCCCAUCACGCCCAGAACCUAUUGAUGUCUUUCUUGUAUUUAUGUACUUGGGCUUAAUGUCUUUCCUGUAUUUAUGUACUUGGGCUAGCUGUCACCUAAGAGUAAUCUCUAAACACUGUUAGUCCCACAAAUUCCGUUGUUUUAUAAUGGUUGAG